AAAAAACUCACACUGGCGAGUGGGAGGAAGCCAACUUGGAAACACCGCUGAGCGAAACUCCUGUUGUUGCACACUGAACUGGGCCGGCGCUAAGUGGCUUUGGACACAGGAGGACGGCGGCUACACAGACCGAGUAAUGAACCACUGCGGCCUGAAUCCAAACCCACCCUGCGUCUCGUAAAAGUUUAACCUUCGUGUCUAACUUUCGGCGCGGCUUCUCAGUCUCAACUCGCUAAGUCGUUUGUCUAACUGGCCUGUAAACCGAAGCGUCGUCCUCACAUGUUUCUGCCUUGUUCCUGCUAAUUUCCAAAACAACCAGCGCCGGGGAGCCGCCGAGCACCAGGACGGUCAUGGAUGUAGCAGGAGAGAGCGAGACCCGGCGGAGGGAAGCCAGGAGAGCCCCUGCGGUGAUUAACAGGAGAAAACCACCGGUGGAAACGAUGUACGCUUUCUGCUUUAUCUGCCUCCAAGUUAUAUCUGUCCAGGCUGCUGCCAUGCAGUUCACCAAGGAGCCCAAGUCCCAGGAUGCCUUGCACGGCCGCAGCGCCAUGUUACGCUGCGAAGUCAGCGAUCCGGCUUAUGUCAGCUACGGCUGGCUUCACAACGGCCAGCACCUGGAAGACGACGAGAGGCGCUUCCAGGAGGGCAGCAACCUCCAGUUCACCGCCGUGGAUCGGCAGCUAGACGCGGGGAACUUUGAGUGUGUCGCACAAAACACGGCCACAGGAGAGGUGCUCCACUCCACCAAUGCCUCCUUCAAUAUCAAGUGGUUAGAAAGUGGUGGUGUGACUUUGAAGGAGCCUGCUUCAGAAGGAGAGAUUGAGAGUUCUUCGCCGGUCACUUUGCGCUGUCACAUUGAUGGACACCCACGGCCAACGUGCCAGUGGUUCAAGGAUGGGGUGAAGCUGACAGAGAAGAACCAUCAGAUCAACAACAAAGAGAGGACUCUCAGCUUCAAGAGUGCCAGUCCAGAUGACAACGGCCUGUACUACUGCUGUGCCAAGAAUGCAGCCGGACACGUCUGCAGCAAUAGCAACUUCACUCUCAACAUUAUAGAUAAGAGUUUUCCGCGUCCGGUGGUCACUCCUGAGGACCUGGUGGUGUUGAAGAACGAGGAGGCCGUGUUCCACUGCCAGUUUACUGCCGUGCCAGCCCCCACGUUGGAGUGGUACCAUGAAAACGAGCCGUUGGCAAACAAGUCUCGUGUGAUCCUGCUCUCCAACGGCACACUGUUGAUCACCCAGGUCAAGAACAGGAACACGGGGACCUACAAGUGUGUUGGCCGUGGCCUCAGUGGGUCCCAAGUUACACUGGAGGCCUCGCUUCUCAUCGCAGAGAUACACGACAUGGUGCCCAAAAUGUCAAAGGUUUUCACAGUGGACACCCUACAGCGUGUGGCCUGUCGCCCCCCAUUCGGCAGACCUGAGCCCGAGGUCUGGUGGGAGAGAGAAGGUCAGCGGGUACCCACAGAGGGCAGAGUGUAUCAGGAUGGCCUGAAUCUGGUCUUCAGUCCCACAGAGCAGGGGGAUUCAGGAACCUACACCUGUGUGGCGCAGAACAAGGCAGGACGCAAGUCACAGGAGGUCACCUUCACCGUGGCAACUGCCCCCGUGUGGGUGACGAGGCCUCAGGAUAGCAGCUUAGAGGAGGGUAAACCGGGUUAUCUUCACUGUCACGCUCAGGCCAACCCUGAACCUGAGGUCACGUGGCUCCGCAACAACAUCAUGAUCACAUCAGAGGAUUCUCGUUUUAAGUUGUUCCCUAACGGCACCCUCAGGAUCAACAACGUGGAGGUGUACGACGGGCAGAUGUACGGCUGUGAAACAAAGACUGCGGCCGGCCGACUGUCGGGGCAAGCUAGAGUUACAGUGCUCGAGAAGCUGAAGUUCACACCGACCCCCCAGCCUGCUCAGUGUCUGGAGCUGGACAAGGAGAUCACCAUCCAGUGCUCUGCUAAAGGCAGAGAGAACCCCACCAUCCGCUGGACCAAAGCAGAUGGAGGAGAGCUGCCGCCUCGUGUGCAGCAGAGGAACGGCCAGCUCCACUUCACCAAAGUCACCCGCAGUGACGCCGGCAAUUACACGUGCAUCGCCUCCAACAGCCUCCAGGGGGAGAUCAGAGCCCUGGUGACCCUCACUGUGGCCGUGUACAUUCGAUUUAAAGUGGAGCCAGAGAAUACAACAGUGUACCAAGGCCACACAGCUGUCCUGCACUGUCAGGCCACCGGCGACCCCGAGCCUCACAUCCACUGGAUGGUCAAAGACAAGACAUUGGACCUCAUUAAGAACAGGAGGUUCCAGAAGAUGCCCAAUGGCUCCUUGGUGAUAAUAGAUGUCACCACAGAUGACACUGGCAGAUACACAUGUGUGGUCGGAAACAGCUGCAGCAUCAAAGACCGUGUGGCUCAGCUGUAUGUAGUGGACAAACCAGUGCAUUCCAUUGAUGAAGAGGGAGACAAGGCUCCAUACAAGAUGAUCCAAACCAUCGGUCUGUCAGUGGGCGCCGCUGUGGCUUACAUCAUUGUAGUUCUGGGACUCAUGUUCUACUGCAAAAAGAGACGCAACGCCAAAAGACUGCAGAAAGGCCAGGACGGAGAGGAGCCUGAGAUGGAGUGUCUCAAUGGAGGGGCUGUUCAACAAAAUGGACACACCACCGCUGAGAUACAAGAAGAGGUGGCCCUCACCAACAUGGGUACCAUGGCAACAACCGAGAAACGCCACAGCCAUGUGAACAAUGAUAAGCUUCACUUUCCUCGAGCGAACCUGCAAACCAUCACCGCUUUAGGUAAAGGGGAGUUUGGUGAGGUGCUGCUAUGCAAAGCUAAGGGUAUCGAGGAGAACGAUGAGGAGACGGUGGUGUUGGUGAAGAGCCUGCAGACCAGAGACGAACAGCUACAGCUCGACUUCCGCCGGGAAGCUGAAAUGUUCACCAAGCUCAGCCACCCCAACGUCGUCCGCCUGUUGGGCCUAUGUAGGGAGGCAGAGCCCCACUACAUGAUCCUAGAGUACUACGACCUGGGAGACCUAAAGCAGUUCCUGAGGAUUUCCAAAAGCAAAGAUGACAAGAUCAAAUCUCAGCCCAUCAGCACCAAGACCAAAGUUUCUAUCUGUGCCCAGGUGGCUCAUGGGAUGGAGCAUCUUUCCAAUCACCGUUUCGUUCACAAAGACCUUGCUGCUCGAAACUGCCUGAUCAACAGUCAGAGGCGGGUGAAAGUGUCAUCGCUUAGUCUCAGCAAGGACGUGUACAACAGUGAGUACUACCACUACAGACAGGCAUGGAUCCCACUGCGCUGGCUCCCAUCAGAGUCUGUGUUUGAGGAUGACUUCUCCACUAAGUCUGACGUGUGGGCCUUUGGAGUGUUGAUGUGGGAAGUGUUCAGUCAUGGGGAACUGCCAUAUACCAAACUCAGCGAUGAUGAGACACUAGAAGGUCUGAAGACAGGGAAGCUGAAGCUGCCCGUUCCAGACGGAUGUCCCACCAAAAUCUACAAGCUCAUGUCCCGCUGUUGGGCUCUAAGCCUCAAAGAGCGCCCCUCCUUCACUGACAUCGUACACGCCCUGGGAGAGCUGCCAUCUGACAGCAAAGUCUGAGAUGGCCAUAACCCCACAUCAGAGGGGAACUUUGACCAACCCCUUCCCCUAAAAUAAAGACAGGAAUGCUGGAUUAGUAGUCUCACACAUUUCAGGGAAGAGGGUUGAGGAGAAAACUCUUUUUUAAAAAAAAAAAAAAUAUAUAUAUGCAUUUCAAAAAGCAGGUGUGUGGAUAAGACUUUCUUGUUAUAUCUGUGGAAACGCAUUCACGUUUGUGUUAAAGGCUUCUUGUGAGCAGUGCCAGGAGUUCACAUUUGCCUUAACUGCAGCAUGGACGACCACCUGCCCCUUCCUCCUCCUCCUCCUCCUCUCCCUUGUGUCCCAGUCUGUGGUUCCACUGUGACCCUGCCUGCCCGUGUGUCUGCGGCCGCUCUGUCCCAGAGACGCUUUGUUUUACAGAGCCUCACAACCUCAGUGCCUCUACCCGUCCACACACACUCGCGUAGACCUCCAGCAGCUUUGUAGUGAUGAUAUAGUGCUUCCACUGGCACAGAUCAAUAGAGAUGAUUGGUCUGAAGUUUAGGAGAAAUUCCGGAAAUGCAGGCUCACUGCUCUGUCAAAACCUCAGAGUUUCUCAUUAAACUAGAAAGAAUAUUGAAGGGAAAGUGAGAACUAAUGUGUCUUCAGUGGAGCAGUGAAGCUUUUUAAAUAUUCCAUCAACCAUUUUUGAGUGUUUUGAGUAAAACCAUUCAAACAGGUCUGUAAAAAUCCAACCAGUUGCAUCCUGAACCUGUCACCUUAACCCUGCAGGAGACACCUAGCUACUCUGUCCACCAAGGACCCACCAACAUCAUCCAAAGUGUGUGUGUGCGCGCCCGCCACUGAACUGUUCCCAUCCUCCAAUGUAUGUUCAAAGGAGAAGUGGAAUGGGGUUUGCAUGAAGGUUCUCCAGUCUGUUACACUUGUAAUUUGCUAUGUGAGGAGACUUGUGGAAAAAGCAAUUCGUGUUAUGGUAACACUUCAGGAACUUAAAAAAGAUCAAGUUUAUAGCCAAGGAAUAUAUUGAAUCAAUGAGACUGUGCCAGUGUGGGCUUCAUGUGUUUUUUUGUUUGUUUUUUUUAUGAGUGUGGUCUGUUCUUGUUUUAACUUUGAGGUGCUUAAUCAGUCACUAUCAAUGGGUAAGAACACCCACCAUACCAUGUCAACAUUAUCGUGUUGUCUCAGUUACAGGAUGCAACCUAUCACUGUGUUUAACCUGCAAUGUAGUUUCUUCAGAGGUCUCAGUUUUCCUGCCAGUACAGUUGUUUUGUGCAAAGCUGCAAAGGGGACCAUCACACCAGGCAAUGUGUACAUAAUGUAGAAGCCAUGCACUAAUUUCACUUAAAAUAAUAUCCCUCUCUAUCAUGUUGUGUAGUAGGACAUGCAGGUGCCUGUUUAUUUAUGAUGAAGGUCCUGUCUUUUGUUUUUUAACUAUGUUUAUAUUAGGAAGGUACUUCUCUGAUGUAUUCAUUCUCAUGGUCCAUCUCAAUGUACGUUCAGACAGGAACCAAGCUGAAUAUGCUAACACAAAGUACAAAGGAGGUCAAAAGAGUGACUGCUGGUCACCAGUACUCAUUUUUAAGUGCCUGGUAAAUGAAGGAUUAUCUUAAUUGUUUCCCUCUUUUUUUACAUUAUCUAAUCAAAUGCAAUGGCCUUUUGUUUAUGAACUUGUUUUUAUACGUUGUUUUAAGUGUAAAGUUUUGUUUUUAUGAAUGCUAGGCACUCACACCUAGACGUCUUUUUUUAAUCUGCUUCAGCAAAUGUUGACAAUAAUCACAGAUAUAUACAAAAGUAUACAUGCUGCUGUCAAUAAAGGUUCACAGUGUUUUCCCAA